GGCAGUCACGUCGGCGAUCGAGAGACCAGAACUAGCAGACAAACGGCGUGCACUGUGCCUUUCAUAAGGGUCGCCUGCUGGGUAUCGCUUGCACACCGCCAAUCCUGAGCUGCAGUCAUGAGCCGCACCGCUGCGACUUGCGGAGUGCUGCUUGUCUGCCUGGUGAUGAUCGCCUCCUGCCAGACGUUCCAGUACAGCCGAGGCUGGACCAACGGCAAGCGAAGGGAUGGAGCCAUCGUGGCCGGUCCUAGCCGAGUCACGGUCGAGCACCGCUUGCUGGAAGAGUUCCUUUCCAAAUUUGCCCCUAAGGAUCGAGUGGUUCUGGAGCGACUGGGCCACCUGUUUAGAACCCUGGACCGCAGUGAGGACGAUCAAGAAUACUGAGAAGAGCCAGCAGCACAAGUUCCUUGAGGAGAUAAACGAAGCGGGGACUACAACUUUGUACUUUGAUGAUUCGCUGCUUACACUUGCCUUGCCUGUCGUAUUAUUCAUGCGUAAUAAACGCUCGCGACCGAAUACCGA